AGUCUCUCAUCAAGCAAUCUUGUUGUUUACAUAUAAACAAAAGCAAGAGAGUUAAGCUCAAGAAUGGCUGCAGUGGUGAGAGAAUCAGUGUUGAAGAACGACGCCGAUGGCCCGAUCAAGGUGAAAGGCGGAUUAGGAAAUAACAGCUACUUCAAAAACUCCGUUUAUCAGAGAUUGGCUACGGAUGUUGUAAAGGACAUAGUUGAUGACGAAAUUAGCAAGAAGCUAGACGUAAAAUCCUUGAUAUCAACUUCAAAUAAUACGAUUGUGCUUGCAGAUUUAGGAUGUGCAGUUGGUCCAAAUACCUUUACUUCUAUGGAAAGAAUCAUAGAUGUCAUAAAAAGGAAGUACCAAUCUCAAUGCCCUACUUCUGCAAUGCCUGAAUUUCAAGUUCUCUUUAAUGAUCAACCCUCCAAUGAUUUCAACACCCUCUUCAUUUCUCUACCACCGGAAAGGGAAUACUUUGCCGCCGGCGUUCCUGGUUCUUUUUACAAGAGAUUAUUCCCAGAAUCCUCUCUCCAUGUUGCACAAUGUCAUUACUCACUCUACUGGCUCUCUAAGGUGCCAGAAGAGCUGGAAGACAAGAAUUCUCCAGCAUGGAACAAAGGGAGGAUUCACUACACAAGUGCCCCUGACGUAGUCCUUAAAGCGUAUGCAAAACAAUGGGCUGACGACUUUAACGAUUUCUUGAAUGCCAGAGCUAAAGAGAUGGUGCCUGGCGGGCUGCUCAUAGUUGUGAUGCCAAGUAUCCCAGAUGGGAUCCCUUAUUCUGAGCUAGCAAAUGGAAUAUUGUUCAAUCUAAUGGCUUCAAUCCUUCUCGACAUGGCCAAAAGGGGACUCAUAAGAGAAGAAGAAGUCGACGGCUUCAACCUAUCGAUAUACGCUGCUCCUCCGGGGGAAUUUGCUGCAGCGGUGGAAAAGAAUGGAUAUUUCAGCAUUGAAGCAAUUGGGCUAACGAAUCCAGCACCAUGGUUAACAGACGACGUGCAUGUUGACAUGAGAGAAUUUCUGAGGCACAUAAGGGCAGCUUGGGAAGGAAUGUUCAUUAAACAAUUUCCAAGUGACGUUGUCGAUGAAUUUUUCGAGCAGUUAAUGCUUAGACUUCCGGAGGUUUUUGAGCAGAUGGAAAGAGCAUACAAAGAUAAAAUUCAAUCCCAUUAUGUCUUGCAACGCAAAUGAUAUGAAAUUGAAAAUUUUAUGCAUUUUAAAUAAAGUGAACCAUGCAAUAUGGAUGGCCAACGGUCAUGCCUUUGUAUUUUGGUUCGAUCAGA